AUGGCAAUAACUCAGCACAAACAACUCAUUUCAUUACAGCUUGCAGACUAUAUACCACAACUUGCCAGAUGUAAAUCGUCGUAUUGGGCCGUAUCGAUAUGUACGGUUGAUGGACAACGGCGAUCUUGGGGCGAUUCGAAAGUACCGUUCUGUUUACAGAGCGUUUCGAAAGCAUUCACUUAUACGAUUGCACUCGAGGAGCUUGGUUCAGAUGAGGUGCAUACGUAUGUCGGACAGGAACCAUCUGGGCGAUUGUUCAAUGAAAUUUGUCUCGACCACAACCGUUAG